GUUCAUCGUUUUUAGAAAUGAUUGAGCAUACUGCCAGAUAAUGCAAAGCUUGACCAUUGGAUGUGUUUCUGCAAGUAGGGGAUUUGGAGUUAAAGGUGGUAGUGACAGCACGUGACUGGAUUAAAUGCAGAUCCUAAAUGCGUCUUCUGCGGUCAGGUGUCUGGGGACAGUCAUUAGGUAAAUAAACAAUUGGCAGCGCGGUUGGAGGCGUAGAGAUUGAUUGAGCAGCGCUGACAAAACACAAGCUUUUACUGGACAGCGAGAUGUCUGGAGAUGAGGAGCGCACAUUUAUUGCCAUCAAGCCGGAUGGCGUGCAACGAGGAAUUAUUGGAGAGAUAAUUAAGCGGUUUGAGCAGAAAGGGUUCAAACUUGUCGGGAUAAAGAUGGUCCAUGCACCUGAGGAGCUGCUCCGGCAGCAUUAUUAUGACCUCAAAGACCGACCUUUCUUCCCUGGGCUUGUCAGCUACAUGCGCUCUGGUCCUGUUGUUGCCAUGGUUUGGGAAGGUAUGAAUGUUGUUAAGACAGGUAGAGUGAUGUUGGGAGAGACCAAUCCUGCUGAAUCCAAGCCAGGCACGAUUCGGGGGGACUUCUGCAUUCAAGUUGGCAGGAAUAUCAUCCAUGGCAGUGAUGCAGUUGACAGUGCCAAUACAGAGAUCAACCUUUGGUUUAAACCAGAAGAGCUGAUGUCUUACACUAAAUGUGACCAUAGCUGGCUGUAUUAGGCCCAUGUCCUGCAGUCUCCCUUUCAUGUUGUUCUUGCUUUCAUGCUUUGUUCUGUGAUCUUUGUAUUUGCAUAACAAGUUCUGUUUCCUGGAUGUACCUUUGUUGUUAGAUGUCACAGGUAAAGUUUGGUAUAUUUGGACAUGGAAUGAAUAGAUGAUUUAAUUCGCUUUUCUUGUGACCAUGUGUGUACAAAAUGUAAUGGACUUAAUAGAUUUAAAUGUGGAUUAAAUGAAUGGAGUGAACGGACCAGAGUUCUAAAGCAUAAUGACAUCCUUUAGGUAUUUAUAAAAGCUUAAUAAAAAUAUCAAAAUGCA